UCCUGACCACACCACCACCACUUCUCCUUUCCUUCCACCAUCGGAGGAGGAGCAAAGCUGCGAGGGGGGAGAGGGAACCGCAAACAAUCAUCUGUCUAUCACUCCCCCACAUACAUAACCCACACACAAGAUACAGCAGAUCACUUGUAGAGAGAGAGGGAGAGGGAGAGAGGCCGAGGAGGAGAUCGACGCGGCGGGAGGCGGCGGGAGCGGCGCGUGAGAGCGGCGGAGGCGGAGGCGGAGUCGGGGCCAUGGACGUCGACGGCCACCUUCCCCGCAGCCAGGGCGACGUCGACGACGACGGCAGGGAGAGGCGGACAGGAACGGUAUGGACGGCGGCGGCGCACAUCAUAACGGCGGUGAUCGGGUCCGGCGUGCUGUCGCUGGCCUGGGCCAUGGCGCAGCUGGGCUGGGUGGCCGGGCCGCUCACCCUGGUGCUCUUCGCCGUCAUCACCUUCUACACCUGCGGCCUCCUCGCCGACUGCUACCGCGUGGGCGACCCCGUCACCGGCAAGCGCAACUACACCUACACGGAGGCCGUCCGGUCCUACCUAGGCGGAUGGUACGUCUGGUUCUGCGGCUUCUGCCAGUACGUCAACAUGUUCGGCACCGGCAUCGGCUACACCAUCACCGCCUCCACCAGCGCCGCCGCCUUGAAGAAGUCCAACUGCUUCCACUGGCACGGGCACAAGGCGGACUGCAGCCAGUACCUGAGCGCCUACAUCAUCGGCUUCGGGGUGGUGCAGGUCAUCUUCUGCCAGGUGCCCAACUUCCACAAGCUAUCGUGGCUCUCCAUCGUCGCCGCCAUCAUGUCCUUCUCCUACGCCACCAUCGCCGUCGGCCUCUCGCUGGCGCAGACCAUCUCUGGGCCCACGGGGAGGACGUCGCUGACCGGCACGGAGGUCGGGGUCGACGUCGACGCCGCGCAGAAGGUCUGGAUGACGUUCCAGGCCCUCGGCAACGUCGCCUUCGCCUACUCCUACACCAUAAUCCUCAUCGAGAUCCAGGACACGCUGCGGUCGCCUCCGCGCGAGAACGAGACGAUGCGGAAGGCGACGCUGAUGGGCAUCUCGACGACGACGGCCUUCUACAUGCUGUGCGGCUGCCUGGGCUACUCGGCCUUCGGCAACGACGCCAACGGCAACAUCCUGACGGGGUUCGGCUUCUACGAGCCCUACUGGCUGGUGGACUUCGCCAACGUGUGCAUCGUGCUCCACCUGGUGGGCGGCUUCCAGGUGUUCUGCCAGCCGCUGUUCGCGGCGGUGGAGGGCGGCGUGGCGCGGCGGUACCCGGGGCUGGGGCGGGAGCACGCGGCGGUGUUCCGGCUGGUGUGGCGGACGGCGUUCGUGGGGAUGAUCACGCUGCUGGCCAUGCUGAUGCCCUUCUUCAACAGCAUCCUGGGGUUCCUGGGCAGCGUCGCCUUCUGGCCGCUCACCGUCUUCUUCCCCGUGGAGAUGUACAUCCGGCAGCGGCAGAUCCCGCGGUUCGGCGCCAAGUGGGUGGCGCUGCAGAGCCUCAGCUUCGUCUGCUUCCUCGUCACCGUCGCCGCCUGCGCCGCGUCCAUCCAGGGCGUCCGCGACUCGCUCAAGACCUACACGCCCUUCACCACCAAGUCGUGAAGGCCUGCAUGCAUGCAUGCUGUCGCUGCCCCGUACUGUGUUCAUCUUUCUCGCCUUGUAGUAGUGGUUCGGGAUUGAAUGAGGAAUAACUUUAGCCGUGUGGUAAAAA